AUGAAAAGGAGUCUAGCUGACACUUCAACACGCAGCACAGCAGGUUGUCUGCCUGUACCUCUGUUCAAUCAGAAAAAAAGAAAUAGACAGCCCCUCACUUCAAAUCCACUUAAAAAUGAGCCAGGUACCAGUUCUGGGACUCGUACUUAUGACUUUUCUACCACAUCAUUUGGCUGGGGAGCUGCAAACCCAGAAGCGACUGAACUACAGAGAGCAGCAAACAAUAGAAAUGAAUAUACUCCUUUAAGUAACACAACAGAUUCAAGAUCUGAUAGUGGAAUUAUUGAAAAGUUCAAGAACCUUUCAAACAGUUUGAAAACUGUCCAUCAGCAAAAAACCCCUGAUAACUGUAAUUCAUCUCAGUUUAUCAAAACAACAGAAACCAGGCAAACAAGCACCUCUAAAGGACAAUGGCCAGUGAAACCUAACACUGUUUCAAGAAGUCUGCGGGAUCAUAGCCUGGCAUAUAAAUUUAACCACGAUAUUCAGCAAAAUAAAAUGAAUGAAAAGCAAUUUGAUUGUAUUCCAGAAGGCAAAAGUCAGGAAAUUUCAUCAUCUCAAUUAAAAAUUAAAGAAAAAAAGAAUUCUUUGCGAAUCAUAUCUGCAGUCAUUGAAAGUAUGAGGCACUGGAGUCAAUAUGCUUAUAAAACUGCACUAUUAUUUGAAGUUUUAGGCACACUUGAUUCUGCAGUCACACCUGGAGCAUAUGGGGCAAAGAAUUUUCUUUUGAGAGAUGGAAAGGAGAGUCUGCCUUGUGUAUUUUAUGAAAUUGACCGAGAGCUUCCAAGAUUAAUUAGAGGUCGAGUGCACAGGUGCAUGGGAAACUAUGACACAAAAAGGAACAUUUUCAAGUGCGUCUCUGUAAGACCAGCAACUAUUCAAGAACAAAACACUUUCCAAGAAUUUGUUAAAAUUGCAGAUUUUGAGAUGACAGCAUAUGUAAAAACAAUGAAUGAAAUUUAA